GGCUGCGGCGGGUCAUGCCCACGGUGUAGCCGCGAAGCGGAGGCAUGGCUGCCGGAAGGUUCCUGCUCUACACGGGCCUCUCGCUAGCGCUCUGCGCCCUGGGCAUGCUGGCCGUGGCCGUCUGCUCAGACCACUGGUACGAGACGGACGCCAGGAAGCACAGGGACAGGUGCAAGGCCUUCAACACGCGCCGGGUCGACCCUGGCUUCAUUUACAACAACAACAACAACUUGCCGCUCCGGGCCAGCCGCUCGCGCCUGGACCGCUGGGAGGGCACACUCCUCCGCGCCCGGAAUCGCCGGCAGCUCUUCGCCAUGAGCCCCGCCGACGAGUGCAGCCGGCAGUACAACUCCACCAACACGGGCCUCUGGAGGAAGUGCCACCGACAGGGCUUCGACCCGGAGAUCGCGGCCCUGAUUCGGAAAGGAGAAAUUGAGCGAUGCACGUACAUCAAAUACCACUACUCCUCAGCCACCAUCCCCAGGAACCUCACCUUCAACAUCACGAAGACCAUCCGCCAGGAUGAGUGGCACGUCCUGCACCUGCGUAGGAUGACGGCCGGCUUCAUGGGCAUGGCGGUGGCCAUCAUUCUCUUCGGCUGGAUCAUUGGUGUGCUGGGCUGCUGCUGGGACCGAGGCCUGAUGCAGUAUGUGGCAGGGCUUCUCUUCCUCAUGGGAGGAACUUUCUGCAUCAUUUCACUGUGCACCUGUGUGGCCGGGAUCAACUUUGAGCUGUCACGCUACCCACGCUACCUGUAUGGACUCCCCGACGACAUCAGCCAUGGCUACGGAUGGUCCAUGUUCUGUGCUUGGGGGGGCCUGGGCCUCACGCUAAUCUCGGGAUUCUUCUGUACCUUGGCCCCUUCUGUCCAACCUGUCCCGAGGACCAACUGCCCCAAAUCCAGACCCGAGAAUGGGACAGUGUGCUAAAAAAA